UGUUUCAAUAAAGUGAUUUUGUCACCCCUAUAACUACUCCCAGGGGGAGUAUUUAUAGAGAAAAUACGGGCUGGGCUCCCAAGCCUUGGGCUUGGGAGGCCCAUUUACAACUGGACCGCUACUGGGCCGAAUACAAAGUCACUAAUGGGCUGUACAAAUGAGUAAGUGUAAAUUCCGGUUCUGUGAGGUCUUCGUGGCAGACGAGGGCGUGGCCGACGAGGGCACGGCCGACCAGGGCGUGGCCGACGAGGGCACCCGGGUUCCUUGGCUUCAGGACCAUAUUCUGAGUUGGUACCUUUUCGGCCGAUGGGGGUCCCUUGGCCGACGAGGGCACCACUCAGUGUCUUGUGCUUGCUGUUCUUCUGAGUAUGUGGGUCCUGGGGCUCAGACCCAUAUACUCCAUCAGUAUAGACCAAUCAAAAAUUUUCAAUUGAAUAAUUUAAAUGUAAAUAAAAUGUAAAGCUUUGAAUUGGACCAAUGAAAUGCAUCCUAGGUAUGGUACCCUCCUAUUUUUAUUGGGUACCAUAGCAAGCACCUAUUAUAAUAAGUUAAACAAAUAUGCUAUAGGUAGCCAUAGUUACCCCAAUUUCUACCCCAUAUAAAUAUCCUUCUUAAAAAUUUAGAAUGAUACUAAAGGUACUCCAUUUUUACCCCACCCCUAAUUGUGUGAGCAUAAACGGGGCAACUCAUUUAAGACAUUUUGUCUGAUACAGACAAAAAAAACGCCUACAAAAACAUGAGUAUAUAAGAGUGUGUACACAAAUAUGUACCUAAAGUCGGGUUCAUAAUGGUAAGUUGAUAACAUUAACAAUAAAAUACGUACUACGUGCGUUAUUGCAGUUCAGCCGAUUAAUGAAAGGCAACUAAACAUUACGGAGUACUUGAAAUUGAAACUGGUGGAUGAACAAAGACCAAUAAGAUUGAGAUUAAUAUCCAUGGCGGAUCUUGUGGGCAAUCCGGUAGGAGCCGACAACAUCAUAGAUAACAGAGAGAAUUUCCUCCUCUGAGAAAAGCUUAGAAUCCCACUUUGGUCGCCGUUUUGCUGAAGAGGCAGUAGUGAGGUCCACCCCUACUUCCUCCACCAGUUUCUCCCACGAUUCACACUUAGGCUUCCCGUUUUGCAGAAAAAUAGCGGCGUAUCUACUGAUCUCAGUGACCCUGAUCUGCGAGCAAACAAAGCAAGCGGGGGUUCGGAUUUUUUUCCCGAAACGCCCGUACGUCGUAAUGGUGUGUUUAGCGUAUUCACACAACGGCAGACCACGAGUCCUCUUUCCAAACCCAUCGGGACACACAAAAAAAACCUCCUUGAAACUCAGGAAAUCAGUGACGGCUCGAAACGCAGAAUUUCGGCGUCUCAUGAGAUCCAAUUGCAGGAUCACGCAGUUGGAUCUGGUGCAUAGGAUCAACAGAUCGCAUCUUCUACGCCUUCCGAACAGAUUCGAGGAUACCUUCACGUCCACCCCAACAAUGGGAUGUACUGGUAUGCCGUUGCCGCCGACCUCCAGCUCUGCCAGGGCUGCUUCCACAAGCAUUGCGUCGUGGACCACUCGAGUCUUCACCUCCACGCCGCCGAUUUGAAGGUCGUAUGUGUUCAUUUGCGUAGGGUGGGGGAAUUCCGCCAUCAUUUCUUGUUUGGUAUGUGGUUCUCUCACUCUCACUUUCUUCACAAUUAUUAUUUUUCAUUGGUCUUAUUUUUUCAACCAGUCCUCAAUAAUGAGUCUUGGACAUUUUCAAUAAGAAAAAAUGACUAGACUAUUAGUAAUGGACUUUCAAUUGACAAGAAUAUGAUCCUCUUUCAAUUGAUAAAUAAAUGACUAAAUGUUGGAGAGAUGGUCAAAAAUAACCUCAUGUAUAAGUUAAUUUGCGAUUACACCCAAAAUCAAAUAAUGUCCUUCUCGAUCUUCUCUCACCGCUGCGCCACAGUCGAGACCCGUUGGCUUCCAUUCUCAGAAGAAAACAAAUGGCGGCUUAGCUCCAACAGAGAUGGCUUCAAUAGCGAUCUAUGCUCCACCGGGAACAUCUCUCGGAGCUGACACGACGAUUCAUCUUCAGAGGUUGCAGUCGUUGUUAAUCGCAAUUGGCGACGGCUAGGGUUUGGAAUCACGGCACCGCUCGACUCGGGCUUCUUGGAUGAAGAUUUCGAUUUUCACCGUGUGAUGGAGGUUGGCUGGCACCGGCGAUGCGACAGUUGCAGAGGUUGGAGAGGGGGGAUGUGGCUAUGGAUGGGAAGGGGGUUGGGCCGCUGGAUAGGGGUUGGGGUUGGGGAGGCUGAAAAGUGGGCUGGGUGCUUGGGUGCUGGGGAGGGCCAAUGUGGGGAGGAGGCAGUCACCGUCGGGGGGCGCGGCGGUAACCUGAGUUGGAUUGUUGGGGAGGUGGAUGGGGCUGAAGAGGCAGCCGCAGGCUAGGGAGGCGGGAGGGCGAUGGAUAAGGGGCUGGGGAGUGUGACUAUCGCGGCGGCAACUAUAGAGCAAGGCGGCAAAGGUGAACGAUUGUCGGUGCAACGGCGGUGGCAGGUCAUUGGGGCUGUGAGUCUAAAUGUCAUUGUGUUCGGUGUCCAUGUCAUUGUAUCAUUGGGGGUAAAUCACUAUGAUUCAAGUCACUUUGUCACUUUCACCAAAACCAAUGUGUCACUAUGGUCACUGUACCGGUAGUAACUGAGACAAUAUCAUUGGAACACUAGUAACUAUGGCGGUGGUCACUGAAGCGUUAGUGACCGGACGGUGUCACUAGAGCGAUUAUAGUAACUCAGGAGUGGGCAAUUCAGUGGUAGUAGUAAUUGAGACGGUGGUCACUGGAGCAAUAGUAACUGGAAUAGUUGUCACUAGAGCGAUAGUAACUGGGACGAUGUCAUGAGAGCAUUAUAAUAACUAGUACGCUGAUCACUUGAGCAAUAGUAGUAACUGGCCGGGACGGUCCUUAUUGAAGCUAUAGUAACUACGAUACUCGUCACCGAAGCACUAGUAACCGGGACCGUUGUUACAUAAUUUUCAUAUUCGAAUAUCUAUCAUCAUAAAUAAUAUUAAAAUAGAAGAAAACAUUGAUUGGUAUUAGAAAUUUAGAAUGCAUUGUUACAGCUAGAAUACAAAUUGCGUUGAAAUAAAUUUAAAAUAAAAAAAACAUCAAUUGAGAUAAAGUGCAUUAUUACACAUUACAGAAUAAAGACUACGAAGCGCAUUUGACUAUUUGCGAUCAAGUGCAUUGUUAAUUUGUUACACACUUGAGCUAUUACGGAGUGCAUUGAUACGGUCCAAAAGUAAGGGUUAUUUAGUAAAGUAUGUUUUUAUUAGUCACAUUUUUGGAAGUCUAGAAAAAAGGUCUCUUUUUUAUCCAUAACACAUUUUUUGUAAUAUUUGAGCCAAAACCCCUUUCAAUAAUGUUAUGCAUCGUUGAUUGUACGACUUUUUUUUUAAAGUAGAAUCAAAAACAUUUUUUAGUAGGGGUGGGCGUGGUCCGGCGAGGUCCGGAACGGUCCAGUAAAUUGGUAAAACCCGUAAUGUAUCCGUGAAGUUUUUUUACGGUCCGGUUCCAAGGAUUGAAUCGUUCGGUACCAUGUCGUUUCGGAAUGAUACAUAACGGUACGGUACAAUGCCAAACACAUGCUAAUUUUUUUGAACAAAUCUUGCAAUUAGUAGAUAUCAUCACACCAACCAACUCACAUGAAAUGUUGAAAUAAAUACAAGAAAUUGCAUACGUAGUACUAAAAUUCACAAAUACCCAAAUAGUGCAACACAACUAAGAAAAAGUAUAGCAAAGCGAUGACGCACGAGAUAAAUAUCAUUUUUAAUUUACUAAAUUCAUGUGAAAAUAUAAAAAUGAAUAUCAUCAAAUUGUUGAAUAUAAUAGAAAUGUUCAACAAUCUUCUUCUUCGUUCUAGGUUAAAUAUUACUCCGUAGUUCUGAUUUAAUUUAUAGUUGAACCUUGACAGCUAAGAUUUAAACCAUAUUAAUUAAGUUGUAAAAAAUGCACAAACAUGAUACAACAAAAAGUCAUGUACACUACAUUACUAGAAAUAAAUAUUCAUUAAUGAUUUCUAAAAUUUUAAUAUUCUUUCAAUACAUACCAAAAUAUAACAUUAGUUAUCUAAAAAGAAAAACUAACAAUAUAGAUAUAUAACACAUUUUAGAUAUCUUAGGGACACAUGAAUACAUACUUAGGGUAUAAAAUUGUUGGUCUAGAUCUAUUGAUAUAGAAAAAUAAAAAAUAAAAAUCAAAUGCAAUAUUUACGAACGGUUCGGUCCGGUAUUUUUCGGUUCUCAAAAUCUAGGAUCGGUCUCGUACCCAUUUCAAACACUACGGUUUCGGUACGCGAUAAAAAUCGAUAGAACCGUUUAAAUACCCGAUAUUUGGUUCGGUACCAUUAUUGGACGGUUCGGUACCGGUUCGGUUCAGGUUUUAUGCCCACCCAUAUUUUUUAGAAUCAGGUCCAGACACCCUCUAACUUGGAUCGGAUUAUGGGAUCUCUUGCCCAAGUGCAUCGGACUGGGGGUGGGAUCGGUCCGGUCCGGGUCAGGUUUUUGCUAAACCCGGAAAUUACCCGUAAGGCAUCGGGUUAUGAAAAUUAGGGACCGAAAAAAACCCACUAUAUUCGGUCCGAGUCGGGUUUUUUGUAGCCCGGGUUCGGUCCGGGUUCGGGUUGGGUCGGUUAAAGCCCGAAUGUGAAAUCACUCAUUUUUCUUUUAUAUUUUAAAAUCUAUUUUCAAAUAAAAUUAAUAAAAAGUACUAACCACAAAUAAAAUUAAUAAAAAUCACAAAUAUUAGUCUCCAAAAUCACCAAGAAUUCAAAUCCAAAGAAGACAAUUAUCAUAAUAUUUUGUUUAAGAUGCAUAAAAAUAAGUAAUAUAGGUGUUCUAAAAAUGUUAUGAAAUAAAAUUUAUGGAUAAAAAUGUAACUAAAGUUACUAUAAAUAUGUUUUCAUGGUCAUUACGGUAAAUAAAUUGAACAUAUUUGUAGUCACUAAAAGUUAUUAAGUCAUUUUUUCGUCCAUCAUGAUUAUAAUCAUAAAUUAGGAAUUAAUUUAUAAAUUAUAUUGGUAUAUUAUAUUGAUUUUAUAUUAUGGCUAAUUGUUUCGGGUUUUAUUGGUCCGGGUCGGGUUAUAGAUUUUAGGGCCCGUUAAAGAGCCCGAAGUUUCAGGUUCGGUCCAUUUUUUUAUUCAGGCCGGUCAAAAAGAAAAAAUCCGGACCGAUAUCAUAAUUCGGGCUGGACCAGGGUCGGUUUAACGUGUGGUUGGCCUUGAGAAACUGGCUUCCUACCCAGGAUAGCCUCGAUUAUCUCCACAUUGUGAAUAGGUGUGACUUGUGCAAGGGUGGUUUGGAGACAAUACCACACCUUUUUUUCCUUUGUCCCUUUACUUGUAGGGUGUGGCAGCAGAUAAGGAACUGGAUGGGAUUCAGACAUGGAAUGACUACUUUGCUAAGUGCCAUUAAGUGGAUCACAAAGACUCAUAGAGGAUCGACGAUGAAGGCAAAGGCAGCCCGCGUUGCCUUUUGUGCGACAGUUUAUUACGUUUGGCAUGCAAGGAAUGAAAUUAGAUUUGAUAAUGGAAAGAAGACGGAAGAGGAGAUCAUUGUAAAGAUCAAACACGUGACUUACAAGAUACUCUAUAGUAUCUACCCGCAUGAGUUGAUCAUCUUUUGAAGAAGACGCUUUGGAGUUUUUGAGUUGUUGCGGCUAUUAUUAGCUGUGUAGAUCUGUGUGUGUGCACUCUUGCAGCACCGUUUUGGUUUUUGAGUUUUUUGUGUUUUUGGGGCAUUUAGUAUUGUAUACUUAGGCCCUUUUGAUUUGGAUUAGAUAGAAUAAAAACCUCUCCUAACCCCUACACUAUGUAGGGGUGAGGGAAGUUUUAGGAGAUCUAAACUUUUAAUGUAUAUUUUUUCUUGGGUGUUAAUAUAUAUUUACAUUUAAUCCAAAAAAAAGUUGAAAAAAGGUUCAUGCUUUUGAAAAAC